AAACAAAUGAGACAGCCUUUCUACACACUGUACCUGCUUGUGCUGCUGCUGCUGCUGCUGUGCCCGUGGCAAAUUCUCAGCCAGGGCCAUUUACGGAUUAUCAAUGGUUCGGCUGCGAAGCCCAAGCAACUGCCCUACCAGGUGGCACUGCAUGUCUACUUCGGCAACUCCGGCGAUGAGCCCAGUUUGUGUGGCGGCACGAUUCUAACGAAACGUUGGAUACUGACCGCAGCGCAUUGCCUGCAGGAGCCGGACACAAAUUUACUCAAAGUGAUUGUCACCGCGGGCGCUCUGAACAAGACAAGAAAAGACGAGCCCGGCCACAUAGAGCUGUUGGUCAGACGAAAGGACACAAUUGUGCAUCCUCUAUACGAUCGUCACACGGUGGCCAACGAUAUUGCACUCAUUCGCCUACCCAAGGAUCUAAAACUGGGCGCCUAUGCGCAGCCCGCCAGGCUGCCCAGGGGCAAGAAUAAGUUCAAUCUGAACGGUCGCUCGGCCAUCAGCUCCGGCUGGGGCCUGACGGCCAAGCAGCGACCCACCGACAUAUUGCAGUAUUUGAAUGUGAAGAUCAUUCCCAAUAAGCUGUGCGAGCGUCUGUGGAACAAACAGCUGAAUGGCGAACGCAAGCUCAUACUGGACUCGUUUCUGUGCAUUGAUUCCAAGGGCGGACUGCCCUGUCGCGGCGACUCGGGCGGCCCCUUGGUCCUGAACGAUGGCAGCCUAACUGUCGUUGGCAUCGUCUCACACGGUUACGAUGACAAGUGCCAGCUCCAAUUGCCGGACAUAUUUACACGCGUCGCCUCGUUUAUCGAUUGGAUUGAGCAGCACACGGGUCGCCUGAGCAAGGCUUAGUGUUAACUAGAUUAAAAAUGUCCAGCUAUUGGAGCUGCAACUAUUUAGCUCCUCGUUGGCGUAUUGUUCAUCCAGAGACGGGUAUUUUUGGAUGAGGACUUCAAUUGGGGAAUUAUGUUUCUAUGCAGUGCAUAUU